AUGUCUGAAGACCAGCCAAGGCCGUUUACCUACGAGGCGGCUUACAGCUCCGAGAUCGACUUUGAGCGAUCGAAGGCGUCCUCCACAGGGUAUCGGCGCUAUCCAGUGUAUGCCCUCCAUGAAUGGAGCUUGGAAGCCCUCAGCUCGGUCCUAGCCCUGGGCGCCCUCGCGGGAAUUGCCGCUAUCUUCGGCCACAUGGACAACAAGCCCUACUCUGCCUGGACGCCCUCGAUCUCGCUCAACGCGACCGUUUCCAUCUUGACCACGGCCUGCACCGCACUGCUGAUGUCCAGUGUCAGCGAGUUCAUCGGUCAGCUCAAAUGGCUUCACUUCAAGGGCAAUCGUCACAAGCUUUCGCACUUUGAGAAGUAUGACUCGGCGAGUCGUGGCCUUUGGGGGUCAAUCACGUUUCUUGCUACCAUGAGGCCGAGUAUAGCCAGUAUUGGUGCCUUUGUCACGAUAUUGCGCAUCUCUUUCCCGUCAUUCACCCAGCAGGUCGUCCAGCUAGAGCAGAGAAAUAUCACCACUCCUGAUGAUAACGUUACUUUUGGAUUCGCGCAUGAAUACUCGCAUGAUGUGCUCGGUCAGCUGGCAAAUGCCGGUAUUGCCGGCAUCCCACAGGAUCCCAGCAUGCAGUCCGCCAUCGUCCAAGGCCUCUACGGGAUCGAAACCCCCGCAACAUUCAACUGCCCCGGCGCAUGUCAAUGGACCGGGUCAUACAUGUCCCUCGGCUUCAAGAGCUCCUGCAACAAUGUCACACAGGCGACACUGCAGACCCAAGCAUGCAACGGCACGCAGUCGAACAACGUCUGCAACAUGACCACCCCCGGCGGCCUGACCGUCACCACCCGCUAUGUCAACACAGACUCGGCCACCAACUACUUCAUGAACGCGACAUCACUCAUAACUGAGCGUCAAAAAGCCCGCCUCGCUGCCCUGCCUGAUAUCACCCGGUUCGCGCUCUACAGGGCCUCCCCUGACGCGAACUUCACGCCCCUAAACGUCAACGUCACUGAGUGCGUUCUCUCACUUACAGCGUACGAAUAUACCGACGCCAAAGCGAACGGUAGCGACUUCGCCUUUGGCACGGUCCGCGAGGUCGAUUUCGGCUCAAACAGGGAUAUCUGGAAGGACGGAGGCAACGCGCCCCCGCUGGGCUUGGUAUACACGAACGCCACCAAGGACGCAGACACCAACACCGACAUCCCCGCGCUGAAUAUAUCGCACGCAGGCCUCUUCGCAAUCGAGAACUUCUUCCAGUCCGACGCCAUCGUUUCUGAAUGGGUUGCGGGGAAUUUCCAGAACAACAAGUUCGGGCUCGCCGCUGCGCUGUCGGGGGAUGUGGAUAUUGAUGCACGCUUCAAGAAGAUGGCGGCCAGUAUGACGGAUUAUGUGCGGCGGGGCCCGAAUGCGCGCGCUGCGGGUGGGGAGCGCGUCGAGAGUGUGCCAUUUGUGUCCAUCCGAUGGGAGUAUUUUAUUGCGCCGAUUGUGACGGAGGCUUUGGGGGUUGUGUUGGCGGUUUUGACGAUCUUCAGUAAUCGGAAGAGUCGCGAUGUUCCGUUGUGGAAGUCUUCGGCUCUGGCGGUGUUGGCUUGUCGGGUUGAUAAGGGGGAUGGUGAGCUGCAGAGUGAGGUGAAGGAUAUUAAAAAGAUCGAGGAGGAGGCUGAGAAUACCGAGGUACGGUUGCAGUAG